UAGUGGUGAAGGCCAUUAAAGAGUUCUUUAAUAAUAGAGAGUUCCCUAAACAGCUUAAUGCCACUAAUAUUGUGAUGAUUCCUAAAGUGGAAGAUCCAGAAUCUCCUAAUGAAUUCAGGCAUAUUGCCUGCUGUAAUGUCCUAUAUAAGAGGACUUGAUCUCAUCAACCUAGCUUUUGCUUAUGAUCUAAUAGUGGCCUGUAAAGAUGAAAUGUGGUCAAUCAAAACCAUUCUCAAGUGCCUUGAUCACUUCAAGAGGGUGAAUGGGCUGGAGGAUAUUCAACCAAAAGCUGGCAUGUGCUAUUACUUGAGGAAGCUAUUACACAAUAGGAAGUUGUUUGCAAGUAUGAAGUUGAAGGGGGAGUAUGAAACCCAAUUAGAUUCUGAAUGGCUCAUGGGAGAGCCCACUGCAUACCCUGAAUAUCCUAUUGUGUGGAACAAACUGACUGUGCCCAAACACCAGUUCCUCCUAUGGCUUGGAUGGAGGAAUAGAAUUAGCACUAAAGUGAGAUUAAGGAGAUUUCUGCAUAUUGACACUAGAUGUGUGUUGUGUAGCAGAGGGGAGGAGGACAAGGAACACUUGUUCUAUGGCUGUCCAUAUGCCUUGAACAUUAAGGAGGAAAUUGGGCAGUGGCUUGGAAUCCAAUGGAAGGCCAAGAAUGACGCAACUAUGAAGGAAGUACUCGAACAUAUUCGAGGAAGGAGAAAGAGGCAGAUAGUCAUAGCAGGAUUUGCUGCAGUGUGCUAUGCUGUAUGGAGAGCUCGCAACCUAAGGAUCAAGCAGGAGAAGGUGCUUACCGUUGAAGAAAGCAUAGAAUGAUUAAAUUCCAAAUGAAGACUUUCAUUAAUUAUAGACUCAAAAACAUAGUGUUGAGAUAUAUAUUCUUGUUUUGUUGGAUGUAUUUGAACCUUUGAAGUGGUAAUAAAAUUGUGCUUUUGUUUAAAAAAAUCUUUAAAUUGGG